AUGAGCCGCAGCCCAGAGAGGAUCUCGUCUUACCGCCGUCACUUUGAGGACAGCAGCAGCUCGUCCUACCAGGUCAGGGUGUCCAGUCCAUCCCCCACCAGGAGAGAUGCCCGUCAUGCUUCUGCCGGCUACCCCUGCAGAUCUGGGACUGGCAGUAUGCGUGUGGAGUCAGUGGGGCGAAGGACCGGUUCAGCUGCUCGCAGGACUCGUAUGGUUGGAGCAGGCGUGAGUGCAGGAGCCAUGGUCUGUGUCGGACCAAGUGGAGAACCUCCUAUGGAUCUGGAUGUGGCUGCAGCUGAAAACCAAGACUUCCUUAACACACGCACGACUGAAAGACAAGAGAUGAUAGUCCUAAAUGACCGUCUCGCUAUAUACAUUAACAAGGUCCGAUCACUUGAGCAGCAGAACAAGCUACUGGAAGCAGAGAUCCAGGCCUACCAGAACCGCUUUGAGAGCCCAACAGGGCUGCGCCUUCUAUAUGAGGAACAGCUGAGGGAGCUGAAAAAGAUUGCAGACCAGAUGAGAGUUCAGCGGGACAUUGCCUUGGCGGCUAAGGAGUCCACAGCUGCUCAACUAGAGGCAAUCAAAAUCAAAUAUGAGGAGGCGGUGGAGCAGAGGAGGAAAGCUGAGUUAGAGAUUGAAGCCUUCCGUCCAGAUGUUGACAAAGCCACGUCCUCACGCAUUGCCUUGGAAAAGAAACUGGAGCAGCUGGAAGUUGAAAUUGAAUUCCUAAAACGAGUCCAUCAACAGGAAAUUGAGGAGCUCAUGAAGCAGAUCUAUGCAGCUCACGCCUCAGCUCAGAGUGCAUUCGCCCUGCCUGACCUCGCAGCCGCUAUGAAGCAAAUCCAAAGCCAGUAUGACGACAUCGCAGCCAAAAAUCUCCAGGAGAUGGAUUCAUGGUAUAAAAACAAGUUUGAAGAUCUGACUAGUAAGACGUCAAGACACGUGGAUAAGGUUCGAGGCUUUAGAGAUGAAAUAGCAGGCGCCAAAAAAGAUAUCCAAAGCAAAGACCGUGACUUAGAUUCCCUGAAGAGCAGGAAUGAAGCUCUGGAAGCCCAUAUCCGAGAGGCACAAGAAAGGCACAAGAAGGAACUGGAAGACCUGCAGGCUCGGAUUGAAGCCCUGCAGCUUGAGCUGAAAUCCACCAAGGAGAGAAUUGCGCUGCACCUGCGUGAGUACCAGGAGCUCCUGAAUGUCAAGAUGGCUCUGGAGAUUGAGAUUACAACAUACAGAAAACUUAUUGAAGGAGAGGAUCUAAGGCUUGCCGGCAUGAUGCAAACCCUGUCUCUUGCCAGCUGUAGCAUGAGUGCCAUUGGUGGUGGGAUGAGUUUUAGUGGGGGAGGCAUGGGUGGUGUUGGUGGAAUGGGUGGCGGGAUGAUGGGAGGUAGUGGUGGAGGUGUUGGAGGCAUGGGCAGUGGAGUAGGAAUGGGUGGGGGCAUAGGUACAGGAGGUAUGGGCACGGGUCUAGGCAGUGGAGCUGGAGGAAUGGGUGGAAGAAUGGGUGCUGGAGGUCUGGACGACAAGAAGGGUGCUGCUGGUAGAGCAGGUGGGGCUGGUCAUGGAUUGGGAGCUGGGGGUGUAGGAGUGGGUGCUGGAGGAAUCAGUGGUAUGGGAGCCAGUUCUGGUGGACUGGGUGCUGGAGGAGCUGGUGCUAGUGCUGGAGGCUUGGGAACUGGUGCUGGAGGACUGGGCACUGGUGCUGCAGGCCUUGGCACUGGUGCUGGAGGUGUGGGUGGAAAUUUGGGAUUCGGCACCGGAGGCAAGGGUGACAUUGGCCUGGAUGGUGUUGGAAUGGGUGCAGGCGGUGACACGGCAGGUUCAGGUGGUAUGAGCAGCACUGGCACAGGGUUCAGUGGAGGACUUGGCGGAACAGGUGAUGGAACUAUGGGAGGCAUAGUUCGGGAUGAAGGUAAAGAUCACGGAAUGGGACCUGCUGGCGGAAUCGGAGGCAGCAGAGGAACUGAGGGUGUGGGUGAAGAUGUUGCACUUGCAGGCGUUGGUGGAAAGGGGAAGGUUGGUGGAGGAAUGGGUGACAUCAGCGGUGCUGGGAUGAGAUAUGGAUCCAAUGGAUAUGAUGACAACAAUCAGCCCUACGAGCCCUACGAGCCCUACGCGGGGCAGGCUGUGGAGCUGACGGAGAGGCGGACGGUGCUCAUUAGAACUGUUAAAAAUGAGGACAACGAUGUGCUGGAGACGGACCACCAUGAACAAACCUACACCAUCUCCGGUGCAGCCGAUGACUCUGACGAGGAAUGA